GUUGUUGAGAUUGUUUGCAUAUGUUUACUUAUUCUCUCACCUCAUCCAGCAAGAUCUCCCCGACGACGGUAAUGGUGCGCGCCAACUCGUCGUUCUUUAACCGCGGCGGCAAGCUGCAUCGGGUCGAGAAGGUGAUCAAGCACGAGCGGUUUUCAUACGCCACCGGGGACUACGAUUUUGGGCUGCUGAAGCUAAAGCAACGCUAUCGGCGUGGAACGUUCGUUAAGUUGCCGGAGCGGCGUAGACGCUUUCCAACGGCCGAACGGUGCACGGCGAUGGGCUGGGGUGAAACGUUGGGCCGCGAGUCGAGGGAGCAGCUGCGGCAGGUUGUGAUGCCGAUCGUGUCGCAGGCGGUGUGCCGAAAGGCGUACGAAGGGACGGACGAGAUUACGGCGCGGAUGCUGUGCGCGGGCUACCCGGAAGGGAUGCGCGAUGCGUGUGAUGGAGAUUCUGGAGGACCGCUGAUUUGCCGGGGCAUACAAGCGGGAGUCAUUUCGUGGGCGAUUGGAUGCGCGCAGCCGAACAAAUACGGCGUUUACAGCAGCAUUGCCGAGGGCCGUGAGUGGAUUCGGAACCAUACUGGUGUUUAA